AUGGCAUCCUCAUCUCUGCUCACGCCCGCAACUAAGCCGACGACGCUCCUUGCUCCACCCUGCGCGCCGACGCUGCCCCUCGCCCCUGCUGCCGCUGCGCCCGGCGGCGGCGCCAGGAGGAGGGAGCUGGUGCUGUCUCUCGCCGGGGGGCUCCCUCUGCUGCUCCUCCCCGUGGCAGCGCCGCCGGCGUCCACGGCGGCGACGGACGAUGAGUAUGUGCGGGAGACGACGGAGGUGAUCGGCAAGGUGCGCACCACGCUGACCAUGGAGCGAGGCGACCCGAAUGUGGCGUCGGCAGUGGCGGAGCUGCGGGAGGCGUCGAACACCUGGGUGGCCAAGUACCGGCGGGAGAAGGCCCUCCUGGGGCGGUCCUCCUUCAGGGACAUGUACUCGGCCCUCAACGCCGUGUCCGGCCACUACGUUAACUUCGGCCCUACUGCGCCCAUCCCGGCCAAGCGCAAGGCCCGGAUCCUCGAGGAGCUCGACACUGCCGAGAAGGCCCUCCAGCGCGGCCGCUAG